GUCAUAAUCCUCUCUAUCAAAACGCGUCAGAAAGCGACGCAUCUUUUUGCCAUAUUCUGGCUGUUCCUGAUACUCGUACGGAAGAUAUCCAAUCAUUCGAUGCCUUAUGUGCGUCGAAUAGCUUGCCUGGGAUCUAUUUAUUGAUCGAGCACAGGGAUCCCAAAUCGGCCUCGCGUUAAUGGGCCUAUGCUAUUCAGUUGAGCAAGCUGACAGGAACGUCCUCCAAAUUACUCCCGGGAGAAUCGAAACACCAGACAUGAGCACUUUACGGACGGCAACGACGGUCAAAUCAAAUUCAACGUCUCGAACGGCUCAAGAGUUCACGGCAAACAGCUUUGGACAAAUUUCUUUGGCAUACACCACGGAGACUCUGGAUCAACAACCCUCCCCAGGGGAGCUUUAGACUGCUCAAGAUCCCCUCAUGUUCUGCGGCGUACGCGAUUGCCGUUACUUCUUUCAUGAAUGGGCAGCCGCCACCGACAACGAUGACGAAGAAGAGGAAGAUCAUCAACGCCUAGUUGCUACCACGGAUCGAAUGGCUAUCGCCUCUGUCUCUUGUGACAGCUCGCUCGUAUCGGAUCUCAAUGGCGACCAAGAUCAUCACAUCUCUAUUAUCUCAAAAUCCGGCAAACUUGCCAGCGUUUUCUUUCCAUUGCCAAACGGCUCCAAUCAGACGACCUUCUACACAAACACGAGCAGUACCUGCGGUCCAGGCUGCAGCAUCGCCUCAGCUGUAGAAGUAUCAGAUGCUGACAGCUGGUACUACAACUGCACAUCAAGGGUGAGCAACGUCUUCAACAGUACUCUACCGGAGCACAAAAUGGGCGAAAGCCUCAGGUCCAUGGCUGCAGG